CACACACACACACACACACACACACACACACACACACACACACACACACACACACACACACACACACACACACACACACACACACACACCGAGGAGACGACACACACACACAUAUCCUAAUUGUGUCGAGACGAUAUUGACCUCUUGGGGAAUCCCCCCGUAUUUCUGUGCUGACGAUGGCAUCGUCUGUGGCUUAUGUGUUGUUGCUGGUGGCUGCUGUCGUACUGGGACUGUACCAUAUCUUGGUGGAAGGGGGGUGUGCUGGGAAGUGCUGCGGAGGUUCUGACAUCACCUGUGUAAUGGCAGACUGGAGGAUGGACCGGGUAUACAGAGCCUGCUACUGCGACGAGGGCUGCCUCAGGACCAAAGACUGUUGCUAUGACUACCCCACCGAGUGCCCAGCCCAGUCGUGUGUGGUGACUGCGUGGAGUCACUGGAGCGGUUGUGCCCAGCCCUGCCGGCGCUCCAGGAGGAACAGGCAGCGCCACAUUGUGCAGGAGCCCAAGAACAGUGGAGAGUCCUGUCCCAGUCUGAAGGAGCAGGCUGGCUGCAUGGACUACCAGUCACACCAGGGAGAGGUCUGCUCUCAGAAUACUGGUCCAGGUUUCAUCACCACCAUGAAUCUGUUCGGUAGAAGAAGACAGCAUGACAUCACACCUCUGGACCCUGGGUUCUGUAUGGAGUACAAGAUAGAGUCUCUGACUCCUCACUGUAGGGCGGAGACCCGACCACACGCCCGCUGGAUGCAGUACCUACGGGAGGGUCACGUGGUGUGUGUGGCGUGCCGACCACCCGCCAUGCGUAACCGUAGCGGCAGCUGCCAGGGAGACGGUCAAGAAUCCGACAGUGAGGAGCUGCUCCAUUGGCUGGCUGUGGGGAACUCUCGCUGUCGAGGAACAUGGAAGAAGGUCCAGAGAACAGCACACUGCUCCUGUCCUCACGUCCACAGCUUCCUCUUCAUAUAAACACACAGCAAGCCCCCAGUCUGGCAACUGGCACCCUGUUCAUUAUAUAGACAGGUUGGCUGACAACAGCACGACCAUGAUGUGUGGGGAAGAAGGCAGUGUGUUAUGAUUGUGAACGGUCAAAUAGCUAGCAACAAUGACAAGAAGCUGCCAUGUGAGCAAUUGUACGUGGCUCAUUUCAGGUAGUUAGUGUGGCUUGCGAAGCAAGAGUCCCCACUUUAAAUCUUCAACAUAUACUACAUGGCCAAAAGGGUGUGGACAACCUUUCAAAUGAGUGGAUUCUGCUAUUUCAGCCACACCCUUUUGCUGACAGGUGUAUAAAAUCGAGCACACAGUCGUACAAUCUCCAUAGACAAACAUUGGCAGUAGAAUGGCCCGGACUGAAGAGCGCAGUGACUUUCAACGUGGCACCGUCAUACGAUGCCACCUUCCCAACAAGUCAGUUUUCAAUUGUCUCCCCAGCUAGAGCUGACCCGGUCAACUGUAAGUGCUGUUAUUGUGAAGUGGAAACUUCUAGGAGCAACAACGGCUCAACCGCAAAGUGGUAGGCCACACAAGCUCACAGAACAGGACCGCCGAGUGCUGAAGCGUAUAAAAAAUGUCUGUCAUCGGAUGCAACCCUCACUACUGAGUUCCCAACUGCCUCUGGAAGCAACGUCAGCACAAGAACUGUUCGUCUCGAAAGUAAUGAAAUGGGUUUCCAUGGCCAAGCAGCCGCACACAAGCCUAAGAUCACCAUGAGCAAUGCCAAGCGUCUGCUGGAGUGGUGUAAAGCUCGCCGCCAUUGGACUCUGGAGCAGUGGAAAUGCAUUCUCUGGAGUGAUGAAUCACGCUUCACUAUCUGGCAGUUCGAGUGUAGAAUCUGGGUACUGCGGAUGCCAGGAGAACGCUACCUGCCCCAAUGAAUAGUGACAACUGUAAAGUUUGGUGGAGGAGGAAUAAUGGUCUGGGGCAGUUUUUCACGGUUCGGGCCCCUUAGUUCCAG